GAAACAGAUUAUGUUUAGUCGUUAGUUUAAUCUUAACUAGUAACGAUGACAAAUUUAUCCUUAGUGUUGUUUUUAGUUGUACAACUAUGUCUCAUAAAAUUGUCACUUACAUUUGAAUAUUCGCCAAUAGUACAAACUACAAAGGGACCGGUUAAAGGUCGUGUUUUUACUACAAUCAGAGAAUCUAAAAGGUAUCAUUCGUACAGAGGUAUACCUUAUGCUCAACCACCAACUGGUUAUCUUAAAUUCGCGGCACCCAAAGAACCAAAUGCGUGGAAAGAUGUGUUCGAUGCUAGCAAGGAAGGUAACCUUUGUCCACAAAUUUUAAAUAACAAAUUUGUCGGUAACGAGGAUUGUCUUCAACUCAACGUAUAUACACCUCAGCUUCCUAAAAAUGGGACAGAGCCUAAAGCUGUUCUAUGUUGGAUUUUUGGUGGUUCCUUCAUUCGUGGACAAAAUAUGAAAAAAUAUUAUUCUCCUGAUUAUAUAAUUGAAGAGGAUCUCAUAUUAGUUUCUAUUAAUUAUCGAUUGGGUGCCCUUGGAUUCUUAUCAUUGGAAAAUAAAAAUGCGUCGGGUAACGCUGGUCUGAAAGAUCAAAGUUUAGCCCUAAAAUGGGUCCAAGACAACAUACACAAUUUUGGUGGUGAUCCAAAAAAAGUAACAUUGAUGGGUAUUAGUGCUGGUUCUGCCAGUGUUGGUUAUCAACUGCUUUCUGAAAGAUCAAAAGGUCUAUUUCGUAAUACAAUUUCAAUGAGUGGAGCACCAUUAUGUUUUUGGGCAUUUGACAGACCAGAACAAGUGAGAAGUAAAGUUAUGCAAAUUGCACGAAGACUUGGUUACAAUGGUACCAGAGAAAAUUUAUUAGAAUUUUAUUACAAUGUAAAUGUUCAAAGUCUGACCGAAGUUAUUGAUAAUUAUUCAUCAAUCGAUUUACCAAUGCGACCAGUUUUAGAAGAUGCUAAUUACGUUCCUGAUGCAUUCAUAUCUGAGUGUUCAUUGAAAAAAUAUAUGUCUGGUAAUUUUAAUCAUGGUCCAGUCAUGAUGGGUUAUACCAAAAACGAAACACUUAUAUAUUUGGCAACAAAAAAAAGUCAUCAGGAACUUAUUGAUAAUGUUAUGGCAUACAGUAAAAAGCUUCAAUGUAUACAACAUAUCAGAUCAUUGUAUUCACCUGCAGAAAUUUUUAAAAACGAUACUUCAAAAGAUAAUUACAGUACUACGACUAUACAGUUUACUUCGGAUGUAGCAUUUAUAGCACCGAUAGAUUAUACACAAAAAUUAUUAUCAAAAUACAACGAUCCUAUUUAUUAUUAUCGAUAUGAUUUCGAUUAUGAUAACUCUUUGCAUAAAAUCGAUUAUGGGGUGGAUAUAAAUGGUUCUGCUCAUGGGGAUGAAAUUGUAAUGAUAUUUUAUUCGGAUAGAUUUAAAAUAGAUCCAAAUGCAAAUAACUCGAUAACGUUGUUACAAAAACGAAUGACUCGUAUGUGGGCAAAUAUGGCUAAAUAUGGAAAUCCAACUCCAAAUGGAACCAAUGACAAUUUAUUGAACAUCGUUUGGCCAGAUUCGAGAAAAUCCGGUAAGAUGUUAUGGUUAAAUGAAGAAUUAAAAAUACAUGAUCGAUACAAGGAUCCAAUAAUCGAUAUAGUUCAAUUUGGUAUCAAACAUUUUGGUGCACAAUCUAACGGAUGUAAUUUAAAUUAUACCAAAAAAGCGGUUAAAACGAUACCACACAAUUAAUACAAAUUUUAUUCAAAGUACAAUUGCAAAGCAUGGUAUAUACUUUGUAUUAUAAUGAUUUAUUAUGUUAUAAAAUUUUGUGUUAUUUC